AUGGAAACAGAGGUGGUGGAUCGAGUGCGGAGCUGGGGGAUCCGGUACCAAGGGACAACGAACCCACUGGAAUUCUUGGACAAAAUAGAGCAGUGGGCGUCCGGGUACGGUAUCCAGGAGAACCAACUCGUGCAGACCAUGCCGUACAUAUUGGAAGGAGCCGCCAUAGACUGGUGGAACACCACUCCAACCAAGAUAAACACAUGGAGGCAACUAACAACAGAACUACUAGAGUACUUCCUGCCUCCAAGGUACGAGGAACAGCUAAGAACGCAGAUCGCACAGCUUAAACAGCGGGAUUCGGAACCGGUGAGGGAAUACGCUAUGGGAUUAAGGAAGCUGAUGCGAUUCACGAAACUGUCAGAAGAGGAGAAGCUCGACCGCAUAUUUAACAACUGUAGGAGCAAGAUCAAGCUCUACACGCGGAGAGCAGGGUUUAGGUCGCUGACGGAGUUCCUCAAACUAGCAGAGGAAGUAGAAGAGAUCGAGGCAGCGGACCAGCCGCGACACAACCAACCAGCACAGCAGCAAAUACGGCCGGAAAUUUGUAUGCGAUGCGGCGGGACAGGCCAUGCGGCGCGCACAUGCGGCAACCCACAACGGUUAUUCUGCUGGGUCUGUGGACGAAAAGACAUCAGAACGACGGAGUGCUGCAGAACGGGACCGGGAAACGCAGGAGGCCUGAGCAGAUAA